GGAGCGACAUGAUUUUAAGGAACUUCCUGAAGGGUUUCUGUGUUAGCUUUUGCAAAUCCUUUGGCCCUUGAAGUUAGCUUAGAUGGAACUCUUGCUUUGAACUGCAAGACUUGUGUAUCUCAUUGGAAUGACUGAGUGAGGGGUGGGAACAGGCAGUGACCUGAAUAAAGCAGAAUACGUCACAUUACGUGCUGAGGGAAUGAGGUGAGCAGGGACCAGACCAAGCAGGCUUAUGGACAUGAGGAGUAAAUUCAUGGCUGGAAUUUUACGUCUGGGUUUGGAAGUACAAUGCCGAAAGGUCUGCUCAGCGGUGAGGGGCUUCUGUUGUUUCUAAAGGAGGGAAGGAUAAAAACUGACCUGUUUUUCUGUAGCUGACAACUGUACUGAGAGUUGGGAAGUGUCACCUGAAGACACACCUAAAGAGCUAUUGCGGUGUAUGGCGUUUCCCUCCCGUAUCUGAUGGAAAGGAAGAGGGACAGAGUGGAGGUUAGGAAUGUUCCAUGCUGCUAACCUGUUACCUUGAGCGAUUGCCAAAGCUUCAGCACUCAGAGAGCAGGUGGGUGCUGAGUUCCUGCCUUGCCAGUGACACAGCAAAACCUCUGUGCUGGCUCCUGCCUGCUGGACUUGUGAGGAAGCAGCAGUGGGAGAACAAAGGCAAGGGCACCCCUGCAGCUCCUGGUAUGGCUGGCAGUAUCUGAGACUCUUGCAAUCCUCCAUCGUGCAUCGCGGUGAAGCUGAAAAGGGACUUGCUCCAGAAGCACAAGGAAGGAGCAGAAAUGCAUCACAGGAUGGAGGACGAGGCAGUACUGGAUAGAGGGGCUUCCUUCCUUAAACAUGUAUGUGAUGAAGAAGAAGUGGAAGGUCACCACACGAUUUACAUCGGGGUCCAUGUGCCGAAGAGCUACAGGCGGAGGAGGCGGCACAGAAGAAGACCUGGGCACAAAGAAAAGAAAGAAAAGGAGAAAAUCUCGGAGAACUACUCGGACAAAUCAGACGUAGAAAACGCUGACGAGACAAGCAGCAGCAUCCUUAAACCGCUCAUCUCCCCCGCCGCCGAGCGCAUCCGCUUCAUCCUUGGAGAGGAAGAUGACAGCCCCGCGCCCCCGCAGCUCUUCACCGAGCUGGACGAGCUUCUGGCUGUCGAUGGACAGGAGAUGGAGUGGAAGGAGACUGCAAGGUGGAUCAAGUUUGAGGAGAAGGUGGAACAAGGCGGGGAGCGAUGGAGCAAACCGCACGUGGCCACCUUGUCUCUGCACAGCCUGUUUGAGCUGAGGACGUGCAUCGAGAAGGGCUCCAUCAUGCUGGAUAUGGAGGCCUCUUCCCUCCCACAGGUGGUGGAGAUGAUCGUUGACAAUCAGAUCGAGACGGGGCUGUUGAAAUCCGAGCUGAAGGACAAGGUCACCUACACCCUGCUCAGGAAGCACCGGCACCAGACCAAGAAAUCCAACCUGCGCUCGCUGGCUGACAUUGGAAAGACCGUCUCCAGUGCAAGUAGGAUGUUUUCCAACCCCGAUAAUGGCAGCCCAGCCAUGGCUCACCGAAACCUGACUUCCACCAGCCUCAACGACAUCUCGGACAAGCCUGAGAAGGACCAGCUGAAGAAUAAAUUCAUGAAGAAAUUGCCUCGUGACGCUGAGGCCUCCAACGUGCUGGUGGGGGAGGUGGAUUUCCUGGAGAGCCCCUUCAUUGCCUUCGUGCGGCUGCAGCAGGCGGUCAUGCUGGGAGCUCUCACCGAGGUCCCUGUUCCCACACGAUUUCUCUUCAUUCUGCUGGGACCAAAGGGCAAAGCCAAGUCCUAUCAUGAGAUCGGCCGAGCCAUCGCUACACUGAUGUCGGAUGAGGUAUUCCAUGACAUUGCCUAUAAAGCCAAGGACCGUCAGGACCUGAUCGCAGGCAUCGAUGAAUUUCUGGAUGAAGUCAUUGUGCUCCCCCCUGGGGAAUGGGAUCCAGCCAUUAGGAUAGAGCCCCCCAAGUCUCUCCCUUCUUCGGAUAAGAGGAAAAACAUGUACUCUGGUGGGGAGAACCCGCAGAUGAACGGAGACACGCCCCACGACGGGGGCCACGGCGGCGGCCACGGCGACUGCGAGGAGCUGCAGCGGACGGGCAGAUUCUGUGGGGGCUUGAUCAAAGACAUCAAGAGGAAAGCACCGUUCUUCGCCAGCGACUUCUACGACGCUUUAAAUAUCCAGGCCCUCUCAGCCAUCCUCUUCAUCUACCUGGCCACUGUCACCAAUGCCAUCACUUUUGGGGGAUUGCUUGGGGAUGCUACGGAGAACAUGCAGGGCGUGUUGGAGAGCUUCCUGGGCACGGCUGUCACCGGCGCCAUAUUUUGCCUUUUGGCUGGUCAGCCCCUCACCAUUUUGAGCAGCACAGGACCCGUCCUGGUCUUUGAGCGGCUCCUCUUCAAUUUCAGCAAGGACAAUGAUUUUGACUACCUGGAGUUCCGCCUCUGGAUCGGCCUCUGGUCAGCCUUCCAGUGUCUCAUUCUUGUGGCCACCGACGCCAGCUUCCUGGUCAAGUACUUCACACGCUUCACUGAAGAAGGAUUUUCCUCCCUGAUCAGCUUCAUCUUCAUUUAUGAUGCUUUCAAGAAGAUGAUCAAGCUGGCAGAUCAUUAUCCCAUCAACUCCCAGUUCAAGGUGGACUAUAUCACACAUUACUCAUGUGCUUGUAAACCACUAGAUCCAGUUAAUGGCUCAUUACUUAACAGGACAACGGUGCUGUCAGACUAUGAGCUGGUCUCUCCCUCCUCCGAGCUGGACAACACCACCAUUGACUGGGCAGCUCUGACAGCCAAGGAGUGCUUGAAGUAUGGGGGUCAACUUGUGGGCAACAACUGUGACUAUGUCCCUGACAUCACCCUCAUGUCCUUCAUCCUUUUCUUUGGCACUUACACCUGCUCCAUGGCCCUGAAGAAAUUCAAGACCAGUCGCUACUUUCCCACCACUGCCCGGAAGCUCAUCAGCGACUUUGCCAUUAUCCUGUCCAUUUUGAUUUUCUGUGGAAUAGAUGCCCUGGUUGGUGUGGACACACCAAAACUAAUUGUGCCAAGUGAAUUCAAGCCAACCAGUCCCGAGAGGGGCUGGUUUAUCCCACCCUUCGGAGGGAACCCGUGGUGGGUGUACCUGGCAGCAGCCAUCCCCGCCCUGCUGGUGACCAUCCUCAUCUUCAUGGACCAGCAGAUCACCGCCGUCAUCGUCAACAGGAAGGAGCACAAGCUCAAGAAAGGUGCUGGAUAUCAUCUGGACUUGUUCUGGGUGGCCAUUCUGAUGAUUGUCUGCUCCUUUAUGGGGCUGCCCUGGUACGUGGCUGCUACCGUCAUCUCCAUCGCUCACAUCGACAGCUUGAAGAUGGAGACAGAGACUUCAGCCCCUGGAGAACAGCCCAAGUUUUUGGGAGUGAGGGAGCAGAGAGUCACUGGAGUCAUUGUCUUCAUCCUGACCGGGGUGUCUGUCUUCAUGGCUCCCAUCCUGAAGUUCAUUCCCAUGCCCGUGCUCUACGGCGUCUUCCUCUACAUGGGAGUUGCAUCCCUCAACGGCGUGCAGUUCAUGGAUCGUCUGAAGCUGCUCUUGAUGCCUCUAAAACACCAGCCUGACUUUAUCUACCUGCGCCACGUCCCUCUGCGCAGGGUCCACCUCUUCACCUUCCUGCAGGUGGUGUGCCUGGCCCUCCUCUGGAUCCUCAAAUCCACCGUGGCUGCUAUCAUAUUCCCUGUCAUGAUCUUGGCCCUGGUGGCAGUCAGAAAAGCCAUGGACUACCUCUUUUCCCAGCAUGACUUAAGCUUUCUUGACGACGUCAUUCCAGAAAAGGACAAGAAGAAGAAAGAGGAUGAGAAGAAGAAGAAGAAGAAGAAGGGCAGUAUGGACAGUGACAAUGAUGAUUCUGACUGCCCCUACUCAGAAAAAGUCCCAAGUAUUAAAAUACCAAUGGACAUCAUGGAGCAGGAACCUUUCCUAAGUGAUAGCAAACCUGCCGACAGAGAAAAAUCACCAACAUUCCUUGAACGCCACACAUCGUGCUGACACAAUUCCCUUCCUUCAAUCACACGCCAUGCCAAGCCCUCCACGAACUCCAGUAAAAGUUGUGCCUCAAAUUAGAAUAGACCUUGAGCCUGAAGACAAUGGUUAUUUCUGGAGGAGCAAGGGAACAGAAACUACUUUGUAAUCCGUCUGUCUGUCCGACCUUUUACAAAUUCAUUUUGUCACUAGCCAAACGUUAAGAAGCUCCCUGCUCCCGCCGGCGAAGGUAAUCCAGGAUUGCCUCGGCUCCGACGCGCCGCGAGGCCGCGGCCGGCACGGGUGGCGCGUCACAGCUCUGGCGGUCUGGCAGAACAGAGCUGACCUCCAGGCUAAUUCCAUGUCUGCUCCCACUGCUCGGAGACGCUGGAACGUGCUGCUAACCCUCACGUGCUCUCACCUGUAGAUAAAAGAGAAGGUACUUCACUCCCAGCGCAGACAGACCGUUGCCAUCGCUGUAGCAUGUUUGGAAACGUCCCUUUCCUAUGCAAUUUUUUUUUAAAGAAACACUUUAAUGGACUUAAUCCAUCAGGUACAUGGAAGAGUGUUAUUUUCCUAGAUUAUUUUGUUUAAAUUAUGGGGGCCUAACCUAUGACUUCUUUUUUUUUUUUUUUUUUUUUUGACAAUUUUUUUUAACCUUUUUUUAAUUACUGUAAAGAAAAAUGAAUUUUUUUCCUGCAGCAGGAAACAUAUAGUUAUGAGUAGUUCUACCUCUUAUUUCUAGAUGCCAGGCUUUCUGUAAAAAAUGUAUUGUACCAUAUAUAAUGUGAUUUUUACACAAAACAGACCCACAACAUCACACCACAAUCUCCAAGACGUGGCUUAGGGCCGGAUCAGUUCAAUUAACACCACCUGCUCUGAAGCAUCUGUUUUUCUUAGGGUUAUGUUGGGUUUUGGAGUCUUUUUAAUGAGCAAUCCCUGCUGUGAAGGAGAAUGAAAUCUCUUGUGAUCUUAGAAGAGCCUUAAACAGGUUGUUGAUCCAACGCUGCAGGCAGAUGCUGGUUGUAUCCCUGUUGUUGAUUUCUGACUUGGGAUCGCUCCGUGAUUUUCUCAGAACACCGGUGUGCGUGUGUGUGUGCAGUGAGAACACCCGAGGUGUGCCUCAGGCACAGUGGAUGAGGAGGAAGAUGAAGGUGGCCUGCUGGGAUGUUCAUCCCGACGCUCAGAUUUGCAAACAUCCGCAUCCUCCUGCAUCCCACCCCUGUCUCCCAUCACCUACAGGAUUUACCCUAAACCUUGGCUACUCAGCCCCAGACCUGGCAGUGCAGCAAGAGUAAGCAAGUCAGGCAUGGGCAUCCCAGGAUUUUGGGGUGGAACCAAGCCAGUGAACAUCACAUCAGGAGAGAGGUUUUAUCUCUGUGUUGCAUGUUUCUACUGGUACGUGCAUCUGAACACGCAUUUGGGAAACUGAGCUUCACUGGGACGUGGGGGAGCACACUAAAAGGCUUCAUCCAAAAAUAAAAAACGAAAGAAGAAAUGCCCCAGCUCUCAAGACACCCCAUUCCCUGAUGGAGACAGUCCCGUCACAGAGGAUGGGCACAUGCUGCCACUUGGUCCUUGCAAAACCAAAGUCUGGGUUGGUGAAGUCAAGAGGAUUUUCUGAUGGUGCUGAGACCUUAAAUGCCAAAUUUUAGCAUCUGCUCCCACCUAGGAGCCACCACCACCUCCGUACAGCUCCUGCUCGCUCUCAGGGGGUCUCCCCUUCAGUUUCCAUGAAAUCUGUGUUGGGUGUCCCAGGAACCCGGCUGAAACCUGCUCUCAAAGUGCUGGGGAGACUUGGGAAAGGCCUGAAGAGGAGCAGCUCCGGGAUCCCUUCUGCUGCCGGAGGACAGGUAACUUGGCAAGUGUGAUGCCAGCUUUAGGCAGUGCUCUCCAUCCCUUGGUGAACACCAGUCCUGGCUCCCAGUGAGGACACGGGCUCGAGCCUGUGGAGUCCACAGGAGCCGCUUGUGAGAUGGCUGCACAUGCUGCCCGGACCGUGGAUGUGUAGCAAUCCCAGAGGAAAGGUGCCCUCAGGGGGAUCCCAGGGGCUGUCCCGCUCCGUUCCACGGGCACAGCUGCCAUCUGCUGGCCUGGCCUGGCCACCUGUCUCCCGUAAAAAUGAGGUUUUCACUUCCGAACCGUGUUAAAUACACUUGAAGUGUCCUGACUGCUGUUCUGGAUCUUUCUCUCUCUUUGUGUUGUGGUUUUUGUGUUGUGCCCAGGGCAGCGCUGCUGACGGGACAAAGGUUUCUGCAGCUUGCCAUGAGAAACAGCCCCCUCCGGCGGCAGGGAAGAGCCUGCAGCACGACAGGGAAAGGUUCUCUGCACUCCGUAUGCCUUUGAAAAUAACUAAAACGUCCUUUCAAUCCAAAUUAGGUAUUUUGUCGGAAAAGCCUGGGUGGGCGCUUCAGGGAAUAGGUGUGGAGACUGACCCAAAGCCCUCCAGGAUCAGAGGUGCAACCAUCAAAAAUUACCUGUCCCCAGCAAAUGCGAAGUCCCAGCCGACGGUGGGACGUGCGAUGGCCACCGGGCUGACAGACCUUUGUAUCUGUCUCUGAAUCAAGUCGCACUUUUAUUAUUGUUUUUAACUCUCCUAAGUCCGUGUUUGCUUUGGAGGAGAGAACGAGGACUUAGGAUGAAAUGAAGUGGAUCGGAUGGUGGAGCUAAAAGGAAAAAAAGCAGAAAACAUUUCAAACAUAUUAAAGUGAUUUUUUUUUUUUCCAGUAAUAUAAAACAUGAAAUUCCUUAUAACAUUAUAGUAUUUUACAGUUUUAUGAAGCUUUCUAUUGUGACUUUUAUGGAAUCAAAAAAUGAAGAUGAUGAGAUAUUUUAGCAUUUAUAUUUUUCAAAAUUAAAUAAAUGUAUACUGAAAAUAAAGUAACUUUAUG